AUUUGCAGUGAAUAAUACUAUUGGAUGCUGCUGAAAUUGUUACCAAGCAGAUAUGCUUAUGCACAGUAUUUCCGUUGAAUGUGAAAUUUUUAUGUUAUUCAUGCUGUCUGUUUCCGUCAAGUCAACGUUCGGACAGUACAUCAUCGAAGUGUGGGAACCGAGACCAGAUGGGUUUCAAGCCGUAUUGCAGUGCGAUGCAACGGGUGCUGAUUUCGGGGGUGAAAUUCCAAUGUUGGGUUUCAGUGCUAAUGAAACUGGUUGUGCUUAUUUUACAACACCUGAAGAUUCUUGUCAGGAUACUUUCAAUAAUCGGACCGGAUGUAUCAAUUAUUACGCAGUGGUACCUCGCGGUAAUUGUAGCUUCUCCGAGAAAGCGUACCAUGUGCAAAAGGGAUAUCCGGAUCCGUACAGUGCGCUGAUUAUAUUUAACGAUGAUGGCCAUUCACCGGUACCAAUGGCUGGCAGUAAAUAUGCAGAUCGAGUUUUGAUUCCAGUCGUAAUGGUAAGCCAUGCAUGCAUGACAAAUAUGAUGGGUCGUUUUUCGGCAGAGAAGGGAUAUGUAGUUGCGAUACGCGCUAUUCCUGGAUACUAUGACCUUGUCAAGUAUCUUAUCCCUUUGAUCGCCGUCGUUGCAUUUUGUUUUGUUGUUCUUUGUAUAUCGUUGGCAGUACGAGUAUGUCGCGAGCGUCGACACUUAGCAAAGAAGAGAUUAUCGAAGCGAAAUCUGAAAAAGUUGCCAGUUAAAAAGUUUAGAAAAGGUGAUGCAGAGGAAUCAUGCGCUAUAUGCAUAGAUGACUUUGUCGAGGGUGAAAAGUUGCGUGUCUUGCCAUGUAAUCAUGCUUAUCAUUGUAAAUGCAUCGAUCCCUGGCUUACGAAAGUUCGAAAAGUUUGUCCUAUAUGUAAACGGAAAGUUUUAUCGUCGGGAGAAUCUGAUUCAUCGGACUCCGAUAAUGAUGGACGUGAACCUACAUCGACGUCCGAUUCUACAACGGCAUAUCGUGAAAACGCUCCAUUAAUUCGUAAUGCUGAGGCGUUAGCAUCUGGAAGUCCUUCACCACCGGCCCAGAGAGUAGGACUACGAAGAAAUAUGCAAGGUGGACGUAGGCCACCUUUACGCGUGAUUAUAACAUCCCCUGCUGAUACUCCUUUGCCUUCGCCUAGAACUGGUUAUCUGGCUACUACUGGUGACGAGAUUCGUGAAACUGGUAGUGCCAGUGCAAUAUCAAAUCGAAUUGAAGCAGUUUCUGAAACUUUGCGUCGAACUUUGCGUCCAUAUUAUCGGCAAAUUGUCAAUAGAUCGUUACGUGCCCCAUGGAGAAACACUACGAGAGAGCCGGAAUGCGCUUCUGGUCCGACUGUACAAAGACCUUUUGUAGUCGACAAUAAUGCUUUUGAUGAAAGCAGUGAAUCACUAAAUAUAGCGGAACGCUUUUCUGUUGUUGAUCAACAUAACCCUGAAGCUGUAGGCAUUUUUCCUUCGGAAGGAAUCGCGGUGAGUGAAAGAAGUCCCUGUCUAACCGCAGCCUCCAGCGGACUAAUUUGUGCCGAUCCUGAAUUAAAGAUCGAACUAUCCACUGAUAAUCAACAAAUUGUUACUACUAAUGACAAAGUUUAUAAUAGCGAACCUGUUGCAAAUGUUUCACUUUGUGCCAGACAUAGCUCAACUCCUGAUUCAAAUUCUACGAUUAACGAUUCGAUAGAACAUGGUUCGAAUGUUGGCGAGCAAGUUUUGAAAUUUGAAACUGCGAGCAAUAUUCAACAAGAGAAUGAUUGAAACUAGUCAGAAUAAUUUUUUCUUUUCUUUUUUGCAGUUAUCAUUUUUUGUCAGUUUAAAUGGUCGAGGCUCAGCCAGUUAGG